GAAGAGAGCAGAAAGAGAGAAGGGCUGAGCUGCGACACUCACUCACAGAGAGGCAGAGGUGUGAAAGAGUUAGGCAGAGGAAGAAAGGCAGACUUGGAAAGUAAUAGCAGGUUUUCUGUUUCAUAUUGCUUGAAAGUGGGGAAAGAGAUUACAACAUAUCCGGGAGAGAGAAAAGAAAGGGAGAGUACCCUAUAAUUUCUCUUUUAGACGGGUUUGACAUACUUCUCCACCCGGGUGAAGCAGUCUCUUUGAGUGCAGGUUCAGGGACCCCUGAGGACCACGGGUUGCAAUGAUAAGGAUUUUGGUAACGUGCGUCUCCAUGGUGUCCAUCACCUCGAUGGUGUCCGGUGCUCGCGGUGGAUACGGGAUGAGCAUGUUCGCGGCUCAGUCCUCUCCUCCGGACCCGUGCUACGACGAGAACGGGAACCCCAGACGCUGCAUCCCCGACUUCGUGAACUCCGCUUUCGGGAAGGACGUGCGCGUGUCCAGCACCUGCGGCUCUCCUCCGUCGCGCUACUGCGUGGUGACCGAGAAAGGCGAGGAGAGAUCGAGGGACUGCAACAUCUGCGACGCCACAGACCCCAAAAAGACCCAUCCGCCCGCAUACCUGACAGACCUCAACAACCCUCAUAACCUCACCUGCUGGCAGUCGGAGAACUACGUGCAAUACCCGCAGAACGUGACUCUGACUCUGUCUUUGGGGAAGAAGUUUGAAGUGACUUAUGUGAGCCUCCAGUUCUGCUCUCCUCGCCCCGAAUCCAUGGCCAUCUUCAAAUCCAUGGACUAUGGGAAAACCUGGGUGCCUUUUCAGUUCUACUCAACCCAGUGCAAGAAAAUGUACAACAAGCCCAGCAAAGCUGCCAUCACCAAGCAGAACGAGCAGGAGGCGAUCUGCACGGACUCUCACACGGACAUGCAGCCGUUAACCGGCGGCCUCAUCGCGUUCAGCACGCUGGAUGGCAGACCGUCCGCGCACGACUUCGACAACUCGCCCGUCCUGCAGGACUGGGUCACGGCCACCGACAUCAAAGUGACCUUCAACCGGCUGCACACGUUCGGGGAUGAGAACGAGGACGAUUCGGAGCUCGCCAGGGACUCGUAUUUUUACGCGGUGUCUGACCUGCAGGUCGGUGGACGGUGUAAGUGUAACGGGCACGCGUCGAAGUGCGUGAAGGACCGGGAAGGAAACCUAGUGUGCGAAUGCAAGCACAACACUGCGGGACCAGAGUGUGACAGGUGUAAACCCUUCCACUACGACCGGCCCUGGCAGCGCGCGACUGCCAGAGAGGCGAACGAGUGUGUCGCUUGUCACUGUAACCUACAUGCCCGCCGCUGCCGCUUCAACAUGGAGCUGUAUAAGUUGUCAGGCCGCAGGAGUGGAGGAGUCUGCCUGAACUGCAGACACAACACCGCCGGACGCCACUGCCACUACUGUAAAGAGGGCUACUACAGAGACAUGAGCAAGGCUAUAUCACACCGACGUGCAUGCAAAGCCUGCGAUUGUCAUCCUGUUGGUGCAGCUGGUAAGACCUGUAACCAGACAACUGGACAGUGUCCAUGUAAAGAUGGUGUGACUGGCAUCACCUGUAAUCGCUGUGCUAAAGGAUACCAGCAGAGCAGAUCACCCAUCGCCCCCUGUAUCAAAAUUCCAGUUGCUGCUCCCACAUCAUCAUACAGCAGCCCAGACGGGCCCACAGAUUGCGACUCGCACUGCAAAGCACCCAAGGGCAAGAUGAAGGUCACCAUGAAAAAAUACUGCAAGAAAGAUUUUGCUGUCCAGGUGCACGUGCUGAAAGGAGACAAGGCAGGUGAAUGGUGGAAAUUCACCAUCAACAUCAUAUCGGUGUAUAAGCAGGGUGGACACCGCAUCCGCAGAGGAGACCAGCUCCUGUGGGUCAGGGCAAAAGACGUUGCCUGCAAGUGCCCCAAAAUCAAACCCGGGAGGAAGUACCUGCUGAUGGGCUCCGAUGAGGAGGAGGACUCGCGUGGGCAGAGCGGUGUGGUGGCGGACAGGGGCAGCCUACUCAUCCCCUGGAAAGACCUGUGGGCCCGUCGCCUCAGAAAGUUCCAGCAGCGCGACAAGAGAGGGAAGUGCUAGAAAAACAGAGAGGAAAAGGAAAGACAAAAAUAAUGAGCCGAGCGCCUGAAGCUGAGUGAUCAGAACUGUGCUGAAGGACAACCAGUCGAGCAGUUUCGCCUUCCGUUGUUUAGAGUUUCUUUUUUUGUUCGUUUGUUUCCCAUCAAGAUUUUAUUUUUUCAUAUCUUCAAGUUUGCAGAAUUUGCACCUGCUAUUAAGUAUAUGUAAAGUGGUAUAUGUGUGAUCCUUACUGGUGUCUGUUUAUGAUUUCUGUCACACAAAAACAUGAAGCAAGCUACUGAGUCAGUUUGUCUAUGUGAAUGUUUCCUUUUGGUUGUCAAGCGGACAUUUUUAAAGUGCAUCCAAUAGGGUCCAAAAAUCUGAGAUCACAGAUUUAUAUUCUAGAAUUGGUAGGAAUUGUUAGGCAACAUUUUUUCUAUGGUUUAUUAUUAGAAGUUAUAUAAUCUGAGGUAUUAUACAGGCAGUCAACACUGGUUGCUGUUCAACAUUUGCUAUUUCAAGAAAGAAAUCUGUCAAUUAAUUAAUUCCAAGAUGCUCCCAGGCCAACCGAGAGACAUAGUCCCUCCCACAUGUCCUGGGUCUUCGCUGAGGCCUCCUCCCGGUGGGACAUGCCUGGAAAACUACACUACGUAGGCGUCUAGGAGUCAUCUGAAAGAGAUACAGAGCCACCUCAGCUGGCUUCUCUCGAUGUGGAGGAGCAGCGGCUCAUCUCAGAUCUCCUCCAGGGUGACAAAGUUCUUCACACUGGUUGCACCCUGCCCCACUGCAAAGAAAAACUCAUUUUGGCCACUUGUAUCUGAGAUCUUUUCCUUGACUCAAAGUCAACCAUAGGUGAGAGUAGGAACGUAAUUUGACCGGUAAAUCUAGAGCUUUGACGUUCGCCUCAGCUCCUUCUUUACCACGACAGACCAGUACAUUAACCUCACUACUGCAGCUGCUGCACAGAUCUGCCAGUCAAUUUUUCGUUCUAUCCUUUCCUCACUCUUGAACAAAACCCCAAGAUACUUGAACUCCUUCACCUGGGGUAAGGACUUUCCUCCAACCUGAAGAUGGCAAACCACCUUUUUCUCAUGCAGGCUCUCCAUGCAUGUGGUGCCCCAUAUGGCUCCCCCUGCAGGUGGUGGGCCUGCAGAAGGAUGGUCCCACGUCGCUGUAUGAACAGAGUAGUAGUUUGAUUCAUAUUGCCGGCAUUAAGUCAGACUUGUUUUCAGUGCAUGUUGGACUCCGGCAGGGCUGCCCUUUGUCACCAAUUAUGUUCAAUCUUAAAAAAUAAAAUUAAAUAAUAUAAAAAACAAUAAUGUUAUUAAUGACCUUUUUACUAAACAUUUAGGUGUCAAGGUUAUUUCGCCCCAAAUCCUCCAAAAUAAAAUUAAAUGAAUAUUAAAAAAUAAUUAUUGAAAAUCUAAACUGUAAUCAAUUUUGUUGGAUUGUAAUCUCAUUUCCCCAAAUAAAAUAAUGGUCACUCAAAACGUUGCAGAAAAAGCAGAAAUCUCUAAAUAAAUUAACAAACUCUUUCAUAAAAUAAAGUCCCACUCAAAAUUUCAAGCUGAUAAUCCAAUUUUUUAUUAAAAAAAAUAUGUUUUAGGCAAAUGCAUAAAAAAAACGCAAAUCAUCAGUGCUCUCAGAUUUCUGGACCCCUCUGAACAUUAUAUGAAGUCUCAUUAGAAAGCAGCAUUUCCAUAAGCGUGAUUGAAAUAAAGCCACUACAGAUAUACACUAUUAGAUAACCUUUCGCACUCCUUCCUUUUUGACAGAAAAUCUGACAAUACCUCACUGUUGCUGUUUAAAACAGCAUGACAUCAUAACGACAUCAUAAUGUUUAUUUGUGUUGCCAAAAGCUCAAUGCUGAUCCUCUUUGGCCUUUGAUACUAACUGUGGUGAUCUUUAAAAAUGUGCUGUAGUGCGAGAAUAGUUAUACAAAUAGGCUAUUGUUUUAUAACCACUUUAUUCGAACAAAACAUGUUACCACUUCAUGGUUUAAAAAAUGUAAAGCAGAAUCGUAUUAUAUUCUCCAGAUGUUUAUCAUGCAGUAAUUCCCCAAAGUAGAUUUUUUUAUCAUUAGGAUUGUAAAAACGUUCUUCAGGAAAUCGAGAUGACUAGAUUUGACUAGAUAAAGACAUUUUUUAUAUUCUAGAUACUAAAUAUGACAGAUACUGCAUGUCAUUGCUAAGGUUUAGCACUAAGCAAUUAAGAUUAUAAAGAUGCAACAUCUUCACUGCCAUAUUUACAAGUUUAUACAAAUAUAAGUUCACAUCCUACCAAAAUCAAUCAGAUAGAAAUGGCUCUUAUUAUCUAAAGAAGCAAACAAUUUUCUGUGUUAUCGCUUAUGUGGUACCUUCCUUUGCCCUGGUACUUUACUAAAGUGAUAUGCUCUACUGUUUUUGUAUAGCUGUAUAGUUUCUUUUGUACAAUAUUUAGUAGAUUAUAUCCACAUGCAAUUAACCAUUUUUAUGCCAUGAGCUUGAUGUUCUGAAAAUAAAAGAAUAUUUCUAGAUUUCUUUGUUUACAUGAGUUGAUAGUGUAGAGAGAGGGUUGUAUUAUGUUUAUGUGACAUGUAAUUACGCGCACACACACACACACACACACACAUACUCUGAAAGUCUGACUAUGAACUGGAAGUCAGUGACUACGGUUUGUUAAACUCACAGAUGGUCUAGUUCUUUAAAGACACUCUGACCUCACAAGUAGACUUUGACCAGUUUUCCAGACAUUUUGGAAAAUUACUUUGAACUUUUUUUGUUUUUGUUUUUUGAUGAAGACAUUUUCAAUGUUCAUGGUCCUCCUGUAUAUGAUGUUUUACUGUGUACUUUGCAAAAGCUGUGUAUUGUCCUGUAAUGCAUACUAAUAUAUUAUGAUUCUCAUAAAUGAACAUAUUUAAUGAUACAUGAACUCA